AUGUAUUUAUCCUAUGAAUCAUUCCCAAUACUGGCCUCAAGUUCGGAUUCCGACGACGGUGGUGGCAGAGGAGAAUCUCCACCAGCGAAGAGAGCUCGAACCUCUCUAAUCUUAGACGGCCAAUCUUCAUCAACAUCUUCGUCAAUAACACUCGUUCAACGCUUCGCUCGUCAUUCAUCAAUGCAUAUGUUCAAUUCGAAUCCAAAUUCAUCAACAACAAAUCCAACUACUCCUUCAUCCACCACUUCGACAUCUCCAGUUAUUGUCCCUUCUACAAUUACAACAUCUUUAGCAAAUAUCAAUAAUAGUUCAAUGACGACAAAUGAUUUUUUAACUACAAUAACUUCCUUUCAAUCGCAAACUGAGCAAUCAACUUCAAAUGGUGCUUCUAAUAACGAUUCCACUGUAGGCAAUAUUGAACAAGCCAACAAUACAAUGUCUAAUGUGUCCUCUCUCUCGUCACCAUUUUGUGAUCCCGAACGUUUAAAGCAAACACAUAAACAUUAUUCUGAAAGGCAUUUAAAUCAUCAUUUUAACGGCAUAACAAAUACGACUCAAUCAUCUACGAAUAAUGAAUAUGAGGAUACGUUUCACAAUGGAACGACAUUAAAUGAAUCUAGUAGAUUAACAUCAACGUCUACACAAACAAUAGAAACAUCUUCAAAUAAUCCUACUUUAUGUACAAAAACAUUUACGAGUAGUCAAAAAGAUAUACUUCGACUAAUUGGACAGCAUUUACAAAGUGCAGGAUUAAACAAAACUGUUGAAACUCUUAUACAAGAGUCGGGUUGCAUCUUAGAACAUGAAUACGCGUCACAUUUUCGUGAAUUGAUUAUGUCAGCCAAAUGGACUGAAUCGAUGAUUGCAUUAGAAAAAUUAAAAACGUAUAUUGAAGGACAUGAUGGAAUAUUGCAAAUGAAGUAUCUGAUAUUAGAACAAAAAUACUUUGAAUUGAUUGAAGAUAGUCAACCAAUGGAAGCAUUACAAUGUCUUCGACAUGAAAUACAAGAAUUAGGUAUACAAACAGAACGAACACAUGAAUUAACCAAAUAUCUCAUGUUCAGUUCACCUAAAGAAAUGAGAAAUUCAGCUAAUUGGAGUGGAAAAGGAUUUGUCUCGAGACAAAAACUGAUGGAAAAACUCCAGAAAUUUUUACCACCCGAUAUCAUGCUACCGCCAAAACGUUUAGAAUCAUUAUUAACUCAAGCUGUUGAAUUACAGCAAGAUCGUUGUACAUAUCAUGUUAAACCAGGCAAAUUGACACUUGACGAUGUAUCCUUAUUGAAAGAUCAUGUUUGCACAAACAUUCAAACAUUGAGUGAACAUACUGAUGAAGUAUGGUUUUGUAAGUUUUCACCAGAUGGAACAAAAUUAGCAACAGGAUCGAAAGAUGGUUAUUUACAUAUUUACGAUGUUGAUUUGCAAACUUAUAAAAUGAAGUUACAUAAACAAUUUGAAGGACAUUCAUUUGGUAUCGGAUGUAUUGCCUGGUGUCCAUUUAGUCGUUAUGUUAUUGCUUGUGGUACAGAUGAGUGCACUGAACUUUGGAUUUGGGAUGUUGAGGUAUAUUUUGCAUUUUUUUUUUACAAUGUUUGUGACCAACGCGAAGAACAACGAUCAAGAAUGAAUCAUACAUCAGACGAUAGCUUGACGUGUGCUGCUUGGCUGCCAGAUGGUCAACGUUUUGUUUGUGGCGGAUCAAGAGGACAAUUUUACUACUGUGAUAUCGAAGGAAAUGUCAUUGACAGUUGGGAAGGCGUUCGUUUACAAUGUCUUCAUGUAACCACAGAUGGUGUUAUUUUAGCAGCAGAUGCCCAAAAACGUAUUAGUUCUUACAAAUUUGACACGCUCACCGAUCAACAAUUAAUUCAUGAAGAUCAUCCAAUAAUGUCUUUUGCAGUAAGCAAAGAUGGUCGUCUUGCUUUAUUAAAUAUAGCCACUCAGGGAGUUCAUUUAUGGGAUUUAGAAGAUAAAGUGCUUGUGCGUAAAUAUCAGGGUGUCACACAAGGACACUAUGUCAAUCAUGCCACAUUUGGAGGACCAAAUGAAGAGUUUGUUGCAAGCGGAAGUGAAGAUUCAAAAGUUUAUCUUUGGCAUCGUCGUCAAGAACGUCCCAUAAUGGUAUUUUCAGGCCAUUCAAGAACGGUUAAUUGUGUAUCAUGGCAUCCAACGUUGCCAUUAUUAUUCGCAUCAGCCUCAGAUGAUGCAACAGUGAGAAUAUGGUCUACACCAGAACACCAACAAAAAAUUGGUAAGCAUCAUUUAUAA